GCGUUAAAAAUCGCCACUAUUUCGGUUUAAAAGCUUUAGUAGUUGGUUUACAGUACACUGACCUGUUGCUUUCACUUUCCUCUAUCAUUUCCCCCGCUAAGUUUUGUUUCUAAAUCAAGAUGCUGCCGCAGAGGUUGAAGAAGGCCAUUACAGACAAUCCCAAGAAACUUGGGAAUUUGAUUGACCUCGUGAACCUUCCAUCUACUCUACGUGAAUUCCUUGGUCAAUCUCAGAUCUCCCGUCUGGGUUGUUUCAUGCGUGUCUGGUCCUAUAUCAAGACCAACAAUCUUCAGGAUCCUAAAAACAAGAAUGUCGUGAAUUGUGAUGACAAGCUGAAGAGCAUUUUGCUCGGCAAGCAGCGGGUGGAACUAGUCGAUCUUCCUUCUCUUAUCAAGUUGCAUUUCCCGAAAGAACCAAAGUAGAUUUGUCUGAAAAAUUUAACAACGGAGUUCCAACAUUUGCUUCUUUGGGGGUCGUUUGUUUAUGUUCAUUUAUGUUAUGGGAUGCUUAAAGAGAUAUGGUUGAUACUUUUUAAGUUCUAAUAGUUGAACACAAAUUGUCUUCCUGGUUUCUGGAUUCAAUUCCAUUUCUGCUUUGAGAUUUCA